CGGUGGCGUUACAAAGCCCUCGUCUCCCUCGUUGUUAUUACCCCUGAAUUGGAUAAAUGUGCAGUGGGUGAAGGUGGGUUUAUGUUUGUGUUGGGCCACGGCGACGCUGGGGUAACUGAUGGGGAGCCGGUACAGCGGAGUGGGAAAGAGAUGUCGAUGCGCCACGGAUGCUCGGUUACGGGGGUAGACUCGCGCCGCGGGGGCGAUGAGCGCACUUCCGUUUGCCCUUAGAUUGUCCUGCUGUUGUUGGUGCUGGUUGACAUUUAUUGUUAUACUAUUGAAAUCAAGUUGCGUUGAGACAAGUGAUAUUGUUGGUAGUGAUAAUACGAGGCUAUUCUGGGAACUUUGGAGUUAUGAAGAUUUGGAUGUUGGGAGGGAUGAGGCAUCGCGGAGCCGUACCUCACGGAGGGCUCAGGGUGUAUACGAUGAGGAGGGCGAUGGGGAUUUAUCGUACGACGGAGAGGAGGACUAUAUCGAGGGAAAUUCGACAGAAAAAGGGCGAUUCCUGGGUUCACUGUGCGACGACACAUGCAGCCCGAAUCUACAGCAUGUUGUUUGCGACGCAGUCAGCGGUAAAUGUGAGUGCGAAAAGAAUUAUCCGGUGCAGCUUGGACCGACAAAAGGCUGUGCUAAACCUAAAAAACUCGGAGAACAAUGUUUCUAUCGAGCAAGCUGUACAUUCGUCGACCAGCACGCAACGUGCACGCAGGUACAACACAAUGCCAUAUGCGAAUGCGAUACGGGAUAUCACCGUGUCGUUCUCUCAAGACCAACAAAGAAAACAUUCUGUGCAGAAGAUCUCGUGCUGAUAAAGACUGACCUCGCUACUCUUCUUGGUGUAGCGUCGGGUAUAGCGGUGCUCACGGGACUGAUUUGCUUCGUAUUAAAGUUAUUCAGCAGAGCUAGAUACUCAGAACCCAGGCAUUAUGCCAAUGCCCAUCAUACUCCACCGAUGUUAUUCAGUAAUGAUGCAGGUAUACCAUUGACGCUCUCAGGAAGGCCCUCGUCGCGCUCAAGCCAGCGCAGUGGCGACGGCCCAUUGAGCUGCGGAGCAUUCACGAGGAGACCGAGCAGCGGUGGCAGCCGUGGACCACUCGUUCCAGCAUCGCGUGCAGGUGCGGCACGUGCCGCCGCCAUCUUGCUUAUUUCGUGUCACCUACAGGCAGCGGCCAAAGGGAAAAAGCACCGACGUACCCUUAGCGACGUUGCCGAGGGAUCCAACGGCCUCGGUUCGCGACGUCCGAGUCUGGCGUCGAUACACAGUUCGACUUCAUCGGCGAGGAGUUACAGCGCCAGGAGGCUCGAGAAGGAGAGGAAUGACAAGGAGCAGAGGCUGGCGCUGCAGGAAUUGAGAUUAGCUAGACAGAGGGAGCAGGAGGCGCAGAUGCAACAGUUGCAGACGCAACCGACGCCCAGUCCAAGGACACCUCACUCGACGGAUGAAUUAUUGCCGGCGGUUGAGGAGAGUAGAGAGGAGAUAUUGACGGUGGUCGCAUCAGAAAUGCCGUCAGUAUCACGAAUAAUACCUCAAAAAUCAUCAGCGAAUAAUCACAGAUCAUCGAUCCCCGUGUCCCUAGCGUCGACAUCAUUGACAGUGCACCGUUCGAUGAAUGCAACUGAGACGGCCUUCACAGCUCCCGCGUGCACAUCCGCCUUAAAAAAUAAUACAUCCGCCAAUUGUUCCAGUGUAGUGGACAUAUUCGAGUCAUAACCCACGAGUGUAAUUCACGCUGGCCCGCAACGUCUUACAAUUAGACCGACCAUCGCUCAACAAGUGCAAUCAGUCCCGUUUUACUCGGAGAAAAUACCUAUUUCACGCAGAAUAUCAAGUUGACCACUAAAAUUGCAGCCCAGGUGUACAACUGCAUCAUCCUGAUGAUUUACUAUUGACUAAAGCGCAUUGUGUUUGACAUACAUCAAUAUAGAAACAACUGUUUGUACAAAACCACAAAAAAUCGGGGGAUAAUAAAUUCAUUUCCAAGUCGCAUCAAUCUA